GUUGUUCAAAGUUUCCGUUAAACAUCGCUACCAACGUGAAUUGAAAAAAAAUCAUAAUUAUUAUAAAUGAUUUGUCAAUAAAAAAAAUAUUUAUUACUUGAUAUUCAAAUUAUUUUUGAUUAUAUUCAUAUUUUAAAAUGCUGAUUCUGUCGUUAUUUACCGGAAUCACUGAACUCGUAAUCCUGAAAACGCCACGCGUAACUUGAAAUUAGUUUGUUGUCACAACGUCAACAGCUGUCCUAUUUUGUCUGCUGUAGGUUGUAAUGUAAAUGCUGAUGCGUGUUGCCGAAAAGAAACCUCUAAUUUUGUCGACGUUUAUUACUUUCUUGUCUCUUGUGUUGUGUGUUUUAAGUCUGACUUUCCAAGUCUGAAUUACUGAGUUGCAGCGUGUUAAGUGACUUUUUUUGAACUAUCGUGAAUUGUGCUAUUGACUAAUAAUCAUGGGCUUCCUUAUUUUUGUGACAUCAAUUUUGGCUUUUUGUGCUACAUCCGUAGUAAGCAGCUCUUGUACGAAACCUGAAGUAAGUGCUAUUUCCUACACUACACAAGACGCUACAGUUUUGACAAAAAUAGCAUUUGUGGCUGAGUUUAGUCUGAAAUGUGAAAACAAUGCAAAGAACAUUCCUUUGUAUGCUGAAGUUAAUGGAAAAACUCUUCCAGCGGUACAGAAAUUUAGUGGACCUACAGUAGACAAUGAAUACCAGGUUAGCUGGGUUGAGGAUAUAAAGAAGUCAAGGAGUGGUGAUUACAAAGUCAAUCUCUACGAUGAAGAAGGGUAUGGCCUGCUACGUAAAGCUAUUCGAAAUGGUGAAGACGUUGCAACUGUCAAACCUUUGGUAACUAUCAUUCUCAACCAUCCUGGAGCUUAUCAAGGACCCUGGGUAAACUCGGAAUUCAUGGCUUUAGUUUUGUCUAUUCUGGUUUGGUAUGUGGCUUUCACAGCAAAAUCCAAAGUUCUAAGUUGAUAAUUUUUUGAAAAUUGCAUAAACAUUAAAAAUCAUAUUUUCCAUGAUUUUGACUGUGUAUUUAUUAAACAUUUUGAUUAAUUUAUGUUUUUGGAACAA